AUGCAGCCCGCAGAGCUUCAGCAGUACCUGGCUGACCAGCCACCCCUGGUUAUGCCGCUCAAGAUUGAGCAGCACUUCGAGCUUCUGUCUGAUGAGCAGAAGCGCUACAGCCAUUUCAUCAGCCGGGCCGCCUUUGCUGGUACCAGAAUCGGCUUACGCCAGACUUCGUUCGAAGCUGAGGCAAUCUAUGACUUUGUCAUUGCCAUCCACAACAGCUGCAAUGGUGACUGGUCCUCGCUCGCCGCCAAGGCUGGUGUUGAGGCUGAUGAGGUCUCGAGGCUCCUAGAAUACUCUGUCCAAGUCCUCGGCAACCUGGGUAACUUCAAAAGCUUUGGUGACGCCAAAUUCCUGCCUCGUUGCACCGAGAAGUCGGUAGAUGCCAUCGCUGCAUCAGUUCCCGAGGCGGCCAAGCACUACGAGCAGUGCAAGACUGCCAUCUUUGACCACUCUCAGCAGCUCAAGAUGCACCUUGGCUUCCUCGAUGACGGCCACACGACCACUUACUACCCUGAUUCUGAUGACAUCACCAAGGCCGAUAUUGAAGCUGUCAACACCUGGAUGGCUGAUAAAAACCUGCUCCCCGAAAAUACCAGACUGCGCAAGAAGAGCGAGGGCUUUGAGAUCCUGAUUGCGUCCGGCGCCACAUCGCCCCCUACUGACGGCACCGACAUUGGCAAACAGACCGAGUUUAUUAUCGAGGCUGGUGCUCUCCAAGGAAAGACUAUCAAGCUCAUAUUUGGAGACUACGCUACUGAAAUGGCCAACAUUGCCAAGAACCUCGAGAGUGCUGCUGAAAACGCUGCCAACGAGAACCAGAAGAACAUGCAUCUGGCUUAUGCCAAGGCCUUCUCGUCUGGUUCCCACAACUCUUUCAAGGACAGUCAGCGUUGGUGGAUCAAGGACAAAAGUCCCGCGAUCGAGUGCAACAUUGGCUUUGUUGAGACAUACCGCGACCCUGCCGGUGUUCGCGGCGAGUUCGAAGGCUUUGUUGCCAUGGUCAACCAGGAGCGCACUCGUGCUUUUGGCGAGCUCGUUGAUGCCUCGCCCCGACUUAUCCCUCUGCUGCCCUGGAGUGCCGAUUUUGAAAAGGAUAAGUUCCUGGCCCCGGACUUUACCUCCCUAGAAGUUCUUACCUUCAACGGCGCCGGUAUUCCCGCGGGUAUCAACAUUCCCAACUUUGACGAUAUUCGUCAAAAUGAGGGUUUCAAGAACGUGUCUUUGGGCAACGUCAUGAGUGCCACCAACCCCAAUGAGAAGAUCCCCUUCAUCAAAGAAGCAGAUCUUGCCAUUUUUGCCAAGUAUCGCGAGCCCUCCUUCGAAGUCCAGGUUGGCCUACAUGAGUUGACUGGCCACGGUUGCGGCAAGCUUCUCCAGGAAACUGCUUCUGGCGUCUUCAAUUUUGACAGAGCUAGCCCUCCUACUUCCCCUAUUACACAGAAGCCUGUUUCGACCUGGUACAAGCCCGGCGAGACCUGGGGAUCGGUUUUUGGAGCCAUCGCUGCCUCGUAUGAAGAGUGUCGUGCAGAGCUUGUCGCCAUGUACUUGGCCUGUGAUUUUAAGGUCCUCAAGAUCUUUGGAUUCGGCGACGGCACUGAGAACAUGGACAAUGAAGCUGGUGAUAUUCUCUACGCCUCAUACCUGGGCAUGGCUCGAGCAGGUCUCGGCGCUGUCGAGAUGUGGGAUCCCAAGAGCCAGAAGUGGGGGCAAGCGCACUCGCAGGCUCGCUUCAGUAUCCUGAAGUGUUUCAUUGAGGCUGGUGAUGACUUUUGCAAGCUUGAAUACACCAAGGACGAUCUGUCAGAUCUGAUUCUCAACCUCGACCGCUCCAAGAUUCUCACAGUUGGCCGCAAAGCUGUUGGAGAUUACCUGCAGAAACUUCACAUUUACAAGAGCACCGCCGACAUCCAGUCGGGCCUCGAGCUUUACAACCGCAUGACCGACGUCGGUCUGGACUUUUGGGGAACCAAGGUCCGCGACACUGUCCUCGCAAACAGGCAGCCGCGCAAGGUCUUUGUUCAGGCCAACACUUAUCUCGACGAGGCUACCGGGAAGGUCACUUUAAAGACGUACGAUGCCAGUCUGGAGGCAUUCCUCCAGAGUUGGGCUGACCGAAUAUCUGCAGAAACAGAGAUGAUAUAG